AUGGCUUUAGAACUUCCUACUAGAGUGAUAACCACCAGCACCUCUACAACAAUCGAACUUCCCACCUACAGCGGAUCUCCAGUAUGGGGCUAUGCUGUGUACCCUGCUUCAGCUGGCCUACCUGCACAGGCUCGAAGAUUAGGAGCCACUUCGCCCGGUCCGCGGACCACAGUCGCAGUAGCACCCGGGUUCGCCUUAUACUUUCCAUUCUCUGCCGCUAAUCCGACAAGAGUGACUUGGACUACGCUGGUCUCCGUACUAAAUGAUGUGUAUCCCGGGGUUUAUACACCUACAGGUGUGGCAGCGCUCCGCAUAGUCGAAAGUGCGCUCACACCUAUCACUUCUCUCAGUGACUCGGUAGUCUCCCUCAGUACCAGCGACACAAUAUACAUUCCUAUCACAAUCAACCUCGCCACCCGCGUUGAUAUGAACGGUGGAAUAGCAGUGCUCAGAGCUGCGGCCACACCGACAUCACCGGCAGCUGGGACUAGUACCUCAGCUGGUACAGAUACACCAGCAACAUCAACUCGUGUAGAGAACACACCUGGCCCCGAUGAUGAUGAGGCUCCUUCGACAGCGAUUCUUGCUGGAGGUAUAGUCGGGGGUGUCCUAGCUGCUAUACUGCUCUGCGGGCUGCUCGGUUGCUUCUUGAUUAGACGCAAAAGGUCAAAGCGUUCAGCACAAGCUAGCGAGGAAGGCAAUAAAAACGCUCCUGGCUCGAAAUCUGGCAUGACGGGAUCACAGAAGCAGAAGAUGGACAAUACCAAUCCGCUUGUUAUUGAGGUCGCAGAUUCAAGUGCUGUUCCCAUCUCAGACCUUUGGCUUGCUCCGAAAGGUAAUAGAACUCGUUGGUGGCACUUUGGUCGCGAAGGAGGACGAUAG